AUUAUAGAAAUUUAUAAUCAUAAAAAGGCUACGCUUGAAUUUAAAAAUAAUAUUUCUCAAUUAUUGGAAUUUGAUGAUUUUGAAAAUAAUGAGAAUUUUAUAACAAAUCAUAUUCGUGAUGAUAGAGAUAAAGAUAUCAUGACAUAUAAAAUUUCUUAUGAUUUUUUAGUUUGCUGUAAACAAAGACGUUUUAAGAAGAUUGGAUUUAAUGAAAUUGAAAGAAUUUCUAAUGUUGCUAAUAUUUAUAAUAGUCAAGGAGUUAUCGUUACUCCUGUUGGUUAUUCACCAAAAGCUAUGAAUGCAGCUAUAUUACAUAAUGUUAUUUUAACAUAUCCACAUAAUAUUGUUGAAAAAUUAAAUCUUUAUAUUGAAAGAAAUUUGGAAAAUCAAGAAUUAGAUAUUCUUUAUGAGAUUUUAUAUCAAUAA